CAGGGCAAAAACGGAAUAAAAAAGGAAAAUGAUAAGCGAAACUGUAAGAGCAAAGGUCUGAAGGCUCCUUUAGACAGACCUGGUUCAAAAGUAUCUGGCCCUUCCGGCCACUGCGUGAUAUUCUUCGCCAUAUACUGAAUGAGUGCCUGAAGUAUCUCAAUUUUGAAUUCCUUGUGAGAUCAUUAGGAAGUUCUGCUGCUCCCUUGUUAGCCGGGGACUUCUCUAGGGUUUCCUAUAGUCCGGUGGCUGUACAAUGAAGGAAACGGCAACGUCCGGAAAUGAUCUCGACGGCUCUGAGCAGGAGCUGCUACUCCUAGAUUCCGGCAAUGGUGGGGAGCGCUCCUGGCGCUUGAACUUUGACGGUUUUCAGUUAUCGGAGCACAACAAAGAGAAGCCGCCUCGGGGUCUUCAUGACUGCCUCGGUGUCUUAGGUCCAGAUGAUGUUGUGGCUGAAUACUACCAACAGCAGGUAGAAAUGUUGGAGGGGUUCAAUGAAAUGGACGCCUUAACAGAACGUGGUUUUCUUCCUGGAAUGACUCAGGAAGAGCGGGAAAAUUUGGCUAGAAGUGAGACAAUGGCCAUUAGAAUAUCAAAUGUUGCAAACAUGGUUCUUUUUGCUGCCAAAGUUUAUGCAUCCGUUAGAAGUGGCUCACUGGCAAUCAUAGCAUCAACAUUGGACUCACUUCUAGAUCUCUUAUCGGGUUUUAUCCUGUGGUUUACUGCAUUCACCAUGCAGACGCCAAACCCAUACCGCUACCCUAUCGGAAAGAAACGGAUGCAGCCAUUGGGAAUCCUUGUAUUUGCAUCUGUUAUGGCUACACUCGGUUUGCAGAUAAUCUUGGAGUCAAUUCGGACGCUAUUAUAUGAUGAAGGUGAGUUUAAUUUGACCGAGGAGCAAGGGCAAUGGUUGAUUGGCAUCAUGCUUUCUGUGACACUUGUUAAGCUCCUCCUAGUUGUUUACUGUCGCACGUUCACCAAUGAGAUUGUCAAAGCUUAUGCCCAAGAUCACUUCUUUGAUGUCAUCACCAACGUUAUCGGCCUUAUUGCUGCUCUCCUUGCCAAUUAUUUCAAUGAUUGGAUGGACCCUGUUGGAGCCAUAAUUCUUGCCAUAUAUACCAUCCGUACAUGGUCAAUGACAGUGCUGGAAAACGUGAAUUCCCUAGUAGGCAGGUCAGCUGCACCAGAGUACCUGCAGAAGUUGACAUAUCUUUGCUGGAACCACCACAAGGCCAUAAGGCACAUUGACACGGUGCGUGCGUACACCUUUGGGUCUCAUUACUUUGUUGAGGUUGACAUUGUAUUGCCAUCCGAUAUGCCAUUGCGGGAGGCACAUGAUAUUGGGGAAGCCUUGCAGGAGAAACUUGAGCUUCUGCCUGAGAUUGAGCGUGCCUUUGUUCACCUUGAUUAUGAGUUCACUCACAAGCCUGAGCAUGCUCAAGCUCACUCCUAGCUCCAAGGAUGAGGGUUAUGUGUUUUGGGUGUUAUAUGACGAUUUUGUACCCCUCCCGAAAUGAAUAGCGCUUUUUUUUGUGGUGGUGGGUGAAGCAGUCACUGCAUUUACCAGAAAAGGCUAGUGAUAAUGAUGACCGGUUUGAUGUCCAGAUUUAUCAUUCGUAUUGCACAACGAAAUCCAUGUGAAGCAGUCACUGCAUCGACCAGAGAAGGCUACUGAUGCCCAAAAUUUUAAAGUAAAAGGGCUACAAUGAAGUGACAAUUGACUCCUUAAAGUUUCUGUUUCUGUAAUUAAACUGUAAUCUCCCCCCCCCCCCCCCCCCAAACACCCAUGAAACGCAAAACAGAAAAAGAAAUCCUAAAGAGGCGUUCAGUAAACAAUAUGUCUGAUCUUGGAGAAACCAGUAGCUCUCGCAAGAUUGGGGGCUUUAUUAUUAGAAAUCUUGUGUCGUGUCACUCUUCUAAACGGAUUUAGAACAUAAGAAAAAUUGCCAUGCUACUCUUGAAGUUUA